GCCAGCGGGGCCGCGGGGUCCGCCCGCGCCGCCCCGCGCCGCAUCCCGGGGCCAUGAGCUUCUUCGGGUUCGGGCAGAGCCCGGAGCUGGAGCUGGUGCUGAGCGAUGCCGAGAGCCGGCGGCGGGUGGAGCACAAGACGGAGGAAGGCAAGAAGGAGAAAUACUUCCUCUUCUACGACGGCGAGACCGUGUCGGGGCGGGUGGUCCUCACCCUCAAGAACCCCAACAAGCGGCUGGAGCACCAGGGCAUCAAAGUGGAGUUCAUCGGGCAGAUCGAACUCUACUAUGACCGAGGGAACCACCACGAGUUCGUGUCCCUGGUGAAGGACCUGGCCCGGCCCGGGGAGUUCACUCAAUCACAGACAUUUGACUUUGAGUUCACACACGUGGAGAAACCUUACGAGUCCUACACGGGGCAGAACGUGAAGCUCCGGUAUUUCCUCCGUGCCACCGUGAGCCGCAGGCUGAACGACGUGGUCAAGGAGAUGGACAUCGUUGUGCACACGCUGAGCACCUACCCCGAGCUCAACUCCUCCAUCAAGAUGGAAGUGGGCAUCGAGGACUGCCUGCACAUCGAGUUCGAGUACAACAAGUCCAAGUACCAUUUAAAAGAUGUGAUAGUGGGGAAGAUCUACUUCCUGCUGGUGCGGAUCAAGAUCAAGCACAUGGAGAUAGACAUCAUCAAGAGGGAGACGACGGGCACGGGGCCCAACGUGUACCACGAGAACGACACCAUAGCCAAGUACGAGAUCAUGGAUGGGGCACCUGUGAGAGGGGAAUCCAUUCCCAUCAGGCUCUUUCUGGCUGGCUAUGAGCUCACUCCGACCAUGAGGGACAUCAACAAGAAGUUCUCUGUGCGUUAUUACCUCAACCUGGUGCUGAUCGAUGAGGAGGAGCGACGCUACUUCAAACAGCAGGAGGUGGUGCUGUGGAGGAAAGGGGACAUCGUGAGGAAGAGCAUGUCCCACCAAGCCGCCAUCGCGUCGCAGCGCUUCGAGGGCACGUCCUCGCACGGCGACGCCAAGCCCGCGGAGAACAACGGCCAGCAGUGAGGCCGGGGCGGCCGCCGGGAGCCCCCAGCACAGCGGCGCCGAGGAGGAGACGCUCAGAGACUUCACAGAAAUAAAUAACCCGGCUUUGACUUCAUUCCUUUCUUCGAAGGACUGGCGCGGUGGGACGGGGGCGGGAGGGCUCGGCCAGCCGGAGCUUCCCCGUCCCCGCGUUCCUCCGGAGGCUGGGGCCGGCUGCUCUGAGGCGACGUCCGGGGGCUGCGGAGCUGCCUGAUCUCCUCUGUGCCCCGAGAGCCUCGGCCUGGCGGCGGGGAAGGAGAGAGAGCAAGCGAAGGCGCGCUCUGCCGCUUCUCCCCGGCCGUGAGGAGCGUGCUCUGGGGCUCUGCGGUGUGGGAUUUCCCCAUUCUCUUCCCUGGGGGAAAACGGCCCGGUGGGUAGCUGGAUGCUAGAGGAGCGAUCAGAGACUGUGGUGCCCGGAAUCUUGUGGCGUCACCCCCUCGCUGCUCCCCCUUCUUCCUCUUGGUGCUGGCGUUGGAUCCCUUGCCACGAGCAGCUGGAUGAUGGAGGUGGCUCGGUCCUGGGACUGCCCCCAGCCCCGUGGAGCUGUGUCCCACCAGGAGAUGUGUGGAUGCAGGAGGAGGUGGCACGGGGUGAGCAGAGCGGGGACGGUCCCAGUGCUGCUGGGUGGGCGGCAAGUGGGGGCAGGAAGGCUCCAGGCCACGAGCUGUGCCGUCCUGGUCUUGUCCUGGCAGCCGCCUUGAGUGCUCCUGAGAUCCACGCUCCGGCUGCUGCUCCCGUGCAGCUCCCAGGUGCUGCUGCAGAGGUGUAGAGAGCAGUUUUGGGGCUCUCCUGUGGGUGGGUUUACGCUGCACACGCUGCCCUGCCCGUGCCUGUGUCCUUGGGACAGAGCAGGCUUUGUGCAGGGGUGGGCACACACGUGUGUGUGGUCUGGUUUGCCGCCUCGUGCCCGUGGGACGAGGAUUAGUGGGGACAGAAGGUGGAUGCAGUUGUGGGAGGCUCAAACAGUGUGUGUGGGCUGCUGGAAGGAGCCAGGCAGCAACUGGAAAGGUGGCAGAGCUGUGAUUGCAGAGACACGUUCCUGAGGCCUGAGCUGAAGUCACCAGCGAGGUCUGAGAGCAUGCAAUGAACUGAGAACCUGAAUGUGGGUUUUAUUUUUUUUUUUUUUUUUUUAAAUAAGCUGCUUUUAGCCUUCAGCUAAGUAGACUCAUGAGAACAUUCCCGGAAGGAAGUCACUCCUCCAUUAGAAAUCAGAUGUGGCUUUGUAGACGUGAUUGACUGAGUUUGGAGGGUGCCCAUCCUCUUCAGCAGGCAGGUGGAGAGACCUCCUACCCGAGGGGGAGACAGGCCUGCACUGAGGGCUGGGACAUGAGCUCUGUCAAGUGGGAUUUGUCUGGAUUUCCCUGAGUUUGUGGCUCACUAGUUUGUCCAGCUUCUUUCUGGCUCUGGAGUCAAGUUCCUCUGUCCCACAGCUGAAUGUGGAGCAGGUGUCUCACAGCUGGGAAUUGGAAGGUGCUGCUUUGUUUAGGAGUGGUGCUGGUGGAGG